AAGAAGUCAGGUUCGAAAUCGAAACUUUCCUGCCGUUCAGUCCCGAUGCGAUAAUACAGUUGAGCGGCCGCGCGUCUGUCAGUGUGCUGCGCUCUUUGCUUAACCGUAGAGGGGCACUAGACGGGCAACAGUGUCCGGUGUCCGACGAGCGAUAAAAAGAAAGUCAGCUGAUUGGAUGCGCCGCAACCGGCAGAGUUGUUAAUUCGGCAGUUGGCGUAGUUGCGCGGAUUCUUAAUCAACAUGACGUCGAAACAAAACGGCGUCGAUGAGGCAAUUGCCAUGCCACCACAAGUGGUGGGUCCCCGAGUGGGAUGCUUGUAUAGGAUAGUAAAAUUCUCAACCGUGUACUGGCGGGCGUUGGUAGUAUUUUUGGCUCCCUUCAUUGCGGCGGGAGUUUUCACGAUAGACACGUCCCCCGCCUACCGAUGUAUGUACGUGGUGCUGAUCAUGACGAUGUAUUGGGUUACGGAGGCGAUCCCGCUGCCCAUCACAUCGAUGCUGCCGAUGGUGCUGUUCCCACUGCUGGGAGUGCUGGAUACCGACAGGACCUGCAUGAUGUACAUGAGGGAGACCAUGCUGAUGUUCAUCGGCGGUAUCAUCAUUGCGCUGGCUGUUGAGUAUUGCAAUCUGCACAAACGUGUGGCGCUUAAAGUCAUCUCCCUGAUUGGCUGCAGUCAGAGGAGGCUGAACUUCGGACUGACUGCGGUAACCAUGUUCGUGUCGAUGUGGAUCUCGAACACGGCAGCGGUUGCCAUGAUGUGUCCAAUCAUGCAGGCCGUGUUGGAAGAGUUAGAAUCGCAAGGAUUGUGUCAAAUGUACGAACGACCAAAAAAGACCAGCGAGGAGGAAGGAAUGCUCGGUAACGAGAAGCAAUCUGAUGAACCACGAAAACCAUCGAAGACGACCAUCUGUUACUUUGUUGGAGCGGCUUACGCAUCCACCCUGGGAGGCUGCGGUACCAUCGUUGGGUCCGGUACUAAUCUCACCUUCAAGGGUAUCUACGAAGGACGCUUCCCGGAUGCACCGGGCAUCGACUUCCCGAAGUUCAUGUUCUACAACGUUCCCGGAAUGUUGGUCUACACCUUCCUGACGUGGGUCUAUCUGCAGUGGCUGUACAUGGGCAUGUUCAGGCCAAACAGUCCCGAAGCCAAGGCCGCCGAGAUUGGAAAGGAGGGUGAAGCCGUUGCACGUCGCGUUAUCGAAACCCGCUAUAAGGAACUGGGACCGAUGUCGUCGCACGAAAAGAGCGUUGCUUUCCUGUUUUUGGUUGCCAUUGCCUUGUUUUUCAUGCGAGAACCCGGUUUUAUCACCGGUUGGGCGGAUUUGUUGCCAGCUGUCAAAAUCAAGGACGCUACCCCGGCGAUGUUUAUUGUAAUCGUUCUGUUCAUGAUUCCUGCCAACUGGAGGUGUUUCAAGUUCUUCCGAAGAAACCCCGGUCGUCUACCCAACGAAGCCACCCCUGGUCUGAUCACCUGGAAGUACAUCAACCAGAAGGUACCAUGGAGUCUAAUUUUCCUGCUGGGCGGUGGAUUCGCCCUGGCAGAAGGUGGAAAAGUCUCAGGAAUGUCCGCCCUACUGGGUCAGUCAUUGUCCGGACUGAAAACAUUGCCUCCUCUAGUGUUGCUGUUUGUGGUGUGCCUUACUGCUCAAACGCUGACCGAGUUUACAUCCAAUGUUGCAAUCUGUAACAUCAUGCUACCCGUGUUGGCUGAAAUGGCUAUCGCCAUCGAAAUACAUCCGCUGUAUCUCAUGCUCCCGGCGGCGUUGUCCUGCAGUUAUGCCUUCCACAUGCCAGUGGGAACGCCACCGAAUGCCAUUGUGGCCGGCGUGGGAAAUAUUGCCAUCAAAGAUAUGGCAGUUGCCGGCAUUGGGCCAACGAUAUUCACACUCAUCGUAGUUUGGGCCAGUUUCCCAACGUGGGGAGCCAUCGUGUAUCCGGAGCUUGCCUCCUUCCCGGAUUGGGCUCGCCCUUCGAACGUUACAGCGAACUGACGAGCGCGUAAAAUUUAACGUACAUUAAUUUAGUUGUUAAUCAUGUUAGAAAUCAAAAUUGAGAAAAGUGAGGAUAUUGCAGUGCAAUGUGUAGUACAUUGAGUUUUAACCAAAUUCUGUGCCAAAAAGUCAAUUGUAGGCAUGUACCAUAGGAAACGAACGUGACUAAGUGGGACUAAUUUAUUGAUGAAAUAAUAGAUUGAUUUAGACCUUCGAACAAAGUGGAAGAUUCAAAAUUGAUUGCCUCAAGGACUAAGUAUAGUAUAUCUAUUUUUAGAUGUUUCUAUCUAAGCAAAAUAUCUGUGACAUAUGAAGCUAACUAUCUUUAGAACUAUUCAAAAUAGAUAAUCAUAUUCAGUAGAAAGACACCGCUUGAAUCACCUUCAGAAAUGCAUUCAAAUGUGGAUACACUUAACAAUGUCACAAAAUAGAUCCUUAGGCAUCCAUGUAUAAGCAUUUUAGGCAAAAAAAUGGCUUUAGGGAACUUUAUGCACCGUGAAAAUGUUUCACACGCAGUUCUGCAUAAAAGUAUUUCAAUUCACGAACUGAACGAAUCGAUAAUCCAAUAUUUUCUACGCCAUAUUUUGCAUAACCACCGUGUCUUAGAAAUAGCAUGCAAUCAAACUGUCUUCCGUUGAAACAUGCAUGUACUCAAAUAAUUUCACUUACAGUUUUAAUAGUCUAUUGACACGAUAAGCAUCGGUACCAGGUAGCUGUGAAGACACUUACGAAACUUACUUACUUAAAAUGGUACAUAAAGCAAGUUAGUAAAAUUCUAGAGACAUGAGUUAGAGUUGUAACAAUUCUAUGAGGAUUUAUAAUAAAACAUAAAAUCAA